CUCCCCAUUUGCGUCUCUCUUCUUCUUUGCUUUCUUCUUACUUUUCUCUCUCACGCGUUGCUGUUGUUCACUCUUUCUCUCUCUCCUUUCUCCGGAUUGCCUUAAACCUUCCUCUACAAUACUCUCCUCUUACAUGCGAGCUUCUCCGAUUCUCUGUUUCUGAUCGCUUCAUACCUUCGCAAUUAUGGUUUUCGCGGCCAAGAAAUUCAUCAACAACCCCAACGAUGUUGUAACUGAGUUCAUUGAGGGUCUCGUUGAAACUUAUCAUGGACUUCAGUAUUUGGAUGGUUUCCCUGAGGUUAAGGUGGUUAUACGAGCUGAUGUCUCGGCUGAAAAGUACGACAAGGUUGCCGUUAUAUCAGGUGGAGGCAGUGGGCAUGAGCCUGCACAUGCUGGUUACGUUGGAGAAGGUAUGCUCACAGCGGCUAUCUGCGGAGAUGUCUUUGCCUCCCCACCAGUUGAUUCCAUCCUUGCUGGAAUUCGAGCUGUAACUGGUACUGAGGGAUGUUUGUUGAUUGUCAAGAAUUAUACUGGUGAUCGCUUGAACUUUGGUUUGGCUGCUGAGCAAGCAAAAUCUGAAGGUUACAAAGUUGAGACGGUAAUUGUUGGAGAGGAUUGUGCAUUACCCCCUCCACGUGGUAUCGCUGGACGCAGAGGGUUAGCAGGAACAGUUCUUGUUCAUAAGGUUGCGGGUGCAGCAGCAGAGGCUGGUCUUUCUCUAGAAAAAGUUGCGGCUGAGGCAAAAUGUGCAUCAGAGAUAGUUGGUACCAUGGGUGUUGCAUUAUCCGUCUGCACGCUUCCUGGACAGGUUACAUCAGAUCGUCUUGGCGAAGAAAAGAUGGAACUCGGGCUUGGAAUUCAUGGAGAACCAGGUGCUGCUGUGGUUGACGUUCAACCUGUGGAUGUGGUGGUUUCCCAUGUUCUUCAGCAGAUACUUAAUCCUGAGACCAAUUAUGUUCCAAUUACUCGUGGUAAUAGAGUGGUUCUCAUGGUUAAUGGUUUGGGAGGCACCCCUUUAAUGGAACUUAUGAUUGCUGCUGGAAAAGCAGUCCCUAAACUGCAGUUGGAAUUUGGACUUGCCGUUGAUAGGGUGUAUACAGGCUUUUUUAUGACUUCUCUUGAUAUGGCAGGAUUCUCGAUUUCAAUCAUGAAGGCUGACCAGUCGAUUUUAGACCGAUUAGAUGCUCCAACCAAGGCUCCAAAUUGGCCUGUGGGAACUGAUGGCAACCGGCCACCAGCGAAGAUUCAUGUUCCUGUUCCUCCUUCUCGAUCAAUAGCCGAGUCUCAUAACCGACCUCAAGAGCUGAGUAAAGAAGGUCGAAUCCUUGAGGCAGCCAUUCAAGCAGCAGCAACUGUGAUCAUCAGUCUAAAGGAUAGUCUGAAUGAAUGGGAUGCAAAAGUAGGCGAUGGUGACUGUGGGUCGACAAUGUACAGGGGAGCAACGGCUAUUCUGGAGGACAUGAAAAAGUAUUAUCCACUGAAUGAUGCUGCAGAAACAGUGAAUGAGAUUGGUUCAUCAAUCAAAAGAGCCAUGGGGGGGACAAGCGGAAUAAUUUACCAUCUCCUCUGCAAGGCAGCAUACGCGGAGCUAAAAGCUAACGCUCAGUCAGAAGUCACUGCCAAACACUGGUCUGAAGCACUCAAGUCAUCUAUUACUUCAGUCAGCAAAUAUGGUGGAGCAACUGCAGGCUACCGAACAAUGCUAGAUGCUCUCAUUCCGGCUUCACAAGUUCUUGAGGAGAAGCUGAGCGCAGGAGAGGAUCCAAUAUCGGCUUUCAUUCUGUCUGCUGAAGCAGCAACUGCAGGAGCGGAAUCAACCAUACAGAUGCAAGCACAGGCUGGGAGAUCAAGCUAUGUAUCUGCGGAGAUUCUUGCAACGGUUCCAGAUCCAGGUGCAAUGGCUGCAGCAGGAUGGUACAGUGCCGCAGCAAGAGCCGUGAAGGAGCAGUGUCAAAGCUCAUCAUGAUCUCCCUCCCUGAAGUUUCUUCCUUUAUUCCCCGGAUAUAUGAAUUGGGAUUUUGGUGAGAGAGGCUUUAUGAGCACUAUUGGCUCUCGUGUAUGUACCGUUUAAGAUUUCUGACUCUGUGAGGGCGCUCUCCGUUUAUGCAAUUUUUUUUGGUGGUGCGUAAUACUGUGAGAGUUUUGACUUCCGGAGAGAACGAGACUAUAUUGUUGGUAUUGAAUUCUUAAAUGACUAUGAGAAAGAAAAAUGUUUUUGUCUA